AUGGUUCCUCCCUGCCCCUUUAAUGCACCCACCCACCGUCUCUUCCCUCCUCUGCAGAGAACCAGCUGCUGCCCCACACCUCCAUCUGAACGAGGGACCAUCCCCAGAGAGGAAGAGAGGGGAUGGAGUGACACAGAGAGGUGGAGAAAGAAGGGUCGACAGGAUGGAAGGAGGGAGCGGAUGGGUGCGACUAGACGCUGGGGGUCAGAGGUUGAGACUGCAUGUGGCGAGAUGUUUUGUGUUCAAUCCCCCUUCGCCAUCGCAACCUCUGUGACACAGCACACGUUUAUCGCCCAGUGUGGACUCCGGGGUCCCCUCCCCAACACAACACACCCACAGAUCUUUCAUGGUCUCUAG